AUGACGACGCCACCUGAACCACCUGCAACCAUCAUACUAGCCAAUGCUGUGUCUUUCACAGUAGGGAAUGACUUCCUCACCAUCACCGACGACCGUCGCGCUCGACGCAGGCGCAGAACCAGGCAAUCCUGCUGCGGCCUACUCUCGCUCCGAGGGGCCCCCUCCAGCUACCAAAUUGACCUCUACGCUGUCCUCAACGCUCGUCAUAGCCAAUACACCCUAGUCAUCAGCUACGUCGCCCAUCACACCUCCGACAAAGCCCACCUCGACAUCCUGCAGUACCGGACCAACAGCCACGACAGCCCACGCAUUCGGGAAUGGACAACGCACCUCCUCACCCUCGCCUACGGCCGCGCCCAGCCUCACAAACGCCUGAAAAUCCUCAUCAACCCCUUCUGCACCGGCGCAGCAGCCAAGUAUCGCCACUCCGCCGCGCCCAUCCUCGCCGCCGCUGCCUGCCAGAUCGACCUCGAGCAGACCCAGUACCGCGGCCACGCCGGGCUGAUCGCCGAGCAUCUCGAGCCAUCCCGCUACGACGCGGUCGUGUGCUGCUCGGGCGAUGGGCUGCCGCACGAGGUGUUCAACGGGCUGGCGCGCCGGCCGGACGCGGUCCGCGCAUUGACGAGCCUCGCCGUCGCUAUGCUGCCAUGCGGGUCCGGCAAUGCGAUGGCCUGGAACCUGCUAGGUACGGGCAGUGUGGCCCGCGCUGCGCUGGCGAUCGUCAAGGGCGUGACCCUUCCGCUCGAUCUGAUGUCCGUCACGCAGGGAGAUGCUCACUCGGUUUCAUUCCUGUCUCAGUCACUGGGGGUGCUCGCCGAGUCAGAUUUACGGACAGAGCAUCUGCGCUGGAUGGGCGACUCGCGGUUUCUGCUAGGAGUGGUGCAGACAAUCGCGCGCCAGACGGCGUUUCCUUGCGAGUUGGCGUUCAAGACGGCGAGUCAGGGGGGAGGGACUAUACCCCGGCAUUUUGAUGCGGGCGCUACGCUUGGAUCCUCUGAACCCACGGCUGCAUCUUUUGCAGCCCGGGAGGCCGCGAGUGAGCCAGGGAAGGCAAGGCUGGUACUGAAAUAUGGCACCGUCCAGAACGAGCUCCCGCCGGACUGGGCGGUGAUCUCCGGGGAGCGGCUCGCAAGCUUCUACGCCAGUAAGAUGGCCAUCGUGGCCAAAGACACCCAGUUCUUCCCGGCAGCGCUGCCGAAUGAUGGACUCCUGGAUGUCAUGACCAUCGAUGAAACCAUCGGGUAUGCCGGCGCCGUGGAGGCGAUCGUCAAGCUACCUGGGGGACGAUGCUACGAGCUGGACAAGGUGCACAUGCGCAAGGUUCUCGCCUAUCGCUUGAGUCCCCGGGCAUCCGAGGGGUGGAUCAGCGUGGAUGGGGAGCGCUACCCCUUUGAGCCCUUCCAGGUCGAGGUUCAUCAGGGACUGGGGCGCGUACUGGCCCGAUCCCUUCAUACAUAUCAAGUGUAA